AUGGCUAAACCAAUUAUUUGCUUAUUUUUGCUAGCCGUCACUUUUGGAUGUGCCAAUGCAACAAGAAUCCUUGAUGAAGUAACCCCACAAAUCCCACUCCCUACACCCAAUGUGCCUCAACCAUCUGAUCAAACGGAGCCCGAUAAUCCCGAUAUAGCACCACCGCUCGUAGCGGCUCCUGUCACCGCCGCCGCCACCACCACGGUUAGCACUCCUGUCCCUACAGAACCAGCUGCACCUGUGAUCCCCCCUGUGGUAGAUGUGCCCGAUACUAAGCCUACACCGGUAGUUGCUGCCCCUGCCAGCGCAUCCCCUAGCGGGACCGCCACUAGUGCAACCAUGGCAAAUCCUAUUCCAGAUCACUCCGCAUUGUCCUUCUUUAUGCACGAUAUCCUCGGUGGCUCACACCCUUCCGGCAGGGUAGUAACCGGAAUAGUGGCCAACUCCGAUGCCAAUAACCUCCCAUUCUCCAAACCAAACAACCAAAUCUUCCCCAUCAACGGUGGCGUUCCACUAAACACCAUCAACGGCGUAGUCAACAACAACAACUACCCCUUCCUCGUCGGCCUAAAUGGCUCACCUACCAACACCAACUUCCAAAACAGCGGCAACAACAACAUCGUCAACGGUGGAAACAACCAAGCAUUCGUCACAGCCGGCCAGCUUCCGGCCGGCCUAACGCUCCAACAGCUCAUGUUCGGCUCCGUCACCGUGGUCGACAAUGAGAUAACAGAAGGACACGAAUUGGGUUCAGCAGUUCUUGGAAAAGCUCAAGGAUUUUACUUGGCAAGUUCUUCAGAUGGCAGUACCCACACACUUGCAUUGACAGCAUUAUUUCAUGGUGGUGAUCAUGAAAUAGAUGACAGUGACACCAUUAGUUUCUUUGGCAUCCACAGAACAGCUACUCCAAUUUCUCACAUUGCUAUUGUCGGUGGAACUGGAAAGUAUGAGAAUGCAAAAGGGUAUGCCACCAUUGAAACUCUUCCCCAUGUGGAUCAGCAUACUACUGAUGGAGUCGAAACUAUUACACAUUUUACUGUUUAUCUUACUCCCUAG